AUGGAAGGUUCCAAUCAGACCAAGGUCACUGAGUUCAUCAUCGUGGGCUUUCCAAACACCCAACAAAUCAACACAUUCCUCUUCUUUUUGCUCCUCCUCCUCUACCUCUUCACCAUUGUCGGCAACCUGCUCAUUUUCACCAUCAUCCGUACAGACUCCCGGCUCCAAACACCCAUGUAUUUUUUCAUCAGCGUCUUGUCCUUCUUGGAGGUCUGGUACACAGCAACCACCAUCCCCAAAAUGCUCUCCAACUUGCUCAGUGAGAAGAAGAGGAUCUCCUUUGCUGGCUGCCUCCUACAAACGUAUUUCUUCCAUUCAUUGGGGGCCUCCGAAUGCUACUUGCUCACAGCCAUGGCAUACGACAGGUACUUGGCCAUAUGUGACCCACUGAGGUAUCCAUCUAUCAUGAACACCAAGAUGUGCGUUCAACUGGCCACUGGAUGUUGGAUUUGUGGCUUCAUGUGUCCCAUCUCUGAAGUUAUCUUAGUAUCCAAGUUGCCUUUUUGUGGCCCCAACAGGAUCGAGCACAUCUUCUGUGACUUCCCACCGCUGCUCAGCUUGGCCUGCACAGAUACUUCCAUUAAUGUCUUAGUAGACUUUGCAGUCAAUUCGUUCAUUAUCCUGGUUACCUUCAUGUUCAUAAUGAUCUCCUACGUAAAGAUCAUCCAGUCGAUCCUGAAGAUCCGCACAACCGAGGGCCGCAAGAAGGCUUUUUCUACCUGCGCCUCCCAUCUGAUCGUGGUCUUCCUCUUUUUCGGAAGCAUCAUUUUUAUGUACGUCAGGCUGAAGACAAGUUAUUCACUGGACUACGACAGAGCCUUUGCUGUGAUCUAUGCUGUCCUGACUCCUCUAGUCAACCCAAUAAUCUACAGCUUGAGGAACAAAGAGAUCCUGACAGCAAUAAGGAGAAGAAUCCAGUGA